CUAGAUUGUAUAUAAAAGGUGUGUUUAUGGGUUUUCUCCUCAUCCGUUCUUUCUGAUCUGAUCAUCUCCAAGGCCGAUCGAAAGAUUGAUUUGACAUCCCAGAUAGUCAGGAGCACUACUAUUUUGAAGAUAGAUAAUUCUGGUAAUGGACCUGCAACAGAGGUCUUGUUACCUUUUCCUGAUCACCAGGCAAAGAACUUGGCUUUCCUAAAGGUCACAACUAGUGAAGGGAAAGGGAAAACUAAAUCACCUUCAGGUAGCCUCCCCGUAAAGGCUGUCAAUCCUGAUGGAAUGCCCACAGCCCUGACUUGGUAUGCUGUAACUCUGCCAAAGGAACUAGUCAAGGGAGAGAGCUUAACUUUGGAGAUUGAGGCAGUUUUCACACAUCUAUUGCAGCCAUUCCCUGAAAAAAUUACUCAGGCUGACCUGCAGCUUUUUAUGCUUCAAGAUACUGCACAUUAUCUGUCUCCCUACUCACUGUCAAGCUACCUGAGCCAGUGGUUGAAUCUUAUACGAAACUUGAAAAUACCAAAUUCUCUGGUUCUGAGCUUAAGUAUGGACCUUAUCAAAAUGCUAAUCCUUUCUCGUACCAGCCUAUAGUAGUUCACUUUGUUAGCAACAAGCCCUUUGCAGUUGCUGAGCAGUUGGUGCAAGAGAUAGAAAUCUCGCAUUGGGGAAAUGUGCAGGUAACAGAGCACUACACUCUUGUCCAUGCUGGUGCAUUUAGCACUGGAGAAUUUUCAAGGUUGGAUUACCAGACCCGGCCACAUAUUAGAGGGGCGUCUGCAUUUAGUAAUCUUGUAGCUAGGUUGCCACCAAGAGCUCAUUCCAUAUAUUAUCGAGAUGAAAUUGGGAAUAUUUCAACAUCUAAUUUAUGGAGUGACAAAAUGAAGACAUUGCUGGAAAUUGAACCUAGAUAUCCGAUGUUUGGUGGCUGGAAAACUUCUUUUACAAUCGGUUAUGGCCUGCCACUUCAGGAUUUUUUGUUCCGUUCUGAUGGGAAACGUUUCCUUAAUAUCUCUUUUGGUAGCCCAAUCAAUGAGGUGGUUAUUGACAAUCUCAUUGUUAAGGUUGUUCAAACAGCUGAAAGAGACUAAAUUUUCCCAUUUAGAUAUGAUUGGUAGACCAGUGGUUGUUCUAGAAAAGAAAAAUGUUGUGCCUGAGCACAAUCAGUAUUUCCAGGUGUAUUACCGGUUCAACAGCUUCUCACUGCUUAGGGAACCAAUGAUGUUAAUUUCUGGAUUUUUCUUCUUUUUCCUCACAUGCAUAAUUUAUAUGCAUGCUGACUUGACAAUCUCAAAGUCUUCUGCUUCUUAUUUGGCAAAGAAGCAAUGGGAUGAGGUGCUGACUGUUAUUCAGGAAGUUGAGACCAUCAUAAGCUCUUGCUUGACUAUUCAUGAUAAACUAGAAUCAUCACUGCGUGAUCUCUCAAGGACAGGGAAUGUUCAAGCUUGCAAAGCUGCUCGAAAAGAAGCUGAUGGCGCUUUGAAAGAGCUUUUCAAGGGCUUGAAGCCUUUACUGUCAUCAUUGCAAUCCUUCCCACAGGCUGCUUCAAUCUGCCCUAAGGUCGAAGAGCUGGUAAAGAAGGAAACAGAACUCCAAGAGAAAGUGACACUGAAGCAUUCACUAGUCAUAGAUUGUUAUGAGAAAAAGUCAGGGGGGCAUGACAUUGAAAAACGUGUUGCUCAAAUCCAGGAAAGAAUUACAUCCUUGCGGCAGGAAGUUGAUGAUCUUCUUGAAAUAAUCAAUGAGAUAUAGUUUUCAUACUUGAACAUUUUUCUUUACGUCUAACAAACUUAUUGAACUUUUUUCUUGCUGAAUAGCUGGAUUUAAAUUUUGAUGUGAUGCGGAAUUCCGAAUAGAGACUUUUUUUUAGUAAAAAAAA